AUGACUGGUCAGUCAAAACAUGCCCUGAGUGGAAGUGAUAACUUUGUGGUCUUCGAAAGGAGCGUUGAUCUCGCAGCUCGCGGCGGAGACAGUGACGCAAGUGAGGAGAGUAUAGAAGUGGGUGGCUUCUCAGCGCUGGUAGUCGGUCUGGCCGUGCUACCUUUUGCAGGAUAUGCGCUGAAAUCGGCAGUCUCCAUCAUCUUCUCCGGGACCAGCUUCGAAAUCGGACCUUACGGCUUAGAACUGACAUCCAUCAUCGUCACAAUCGGGUCGGUUGCGUGGUCGCUCAGCAGCGUUUUUGCUCGUGGAAAGGGGCUUCCUGCUGGCUGGCUUGGCAUUUUGGGACUUGCAGAGGGCCUCUCCUACUUGGCCACUCUUGCAUUGGCCGUAGCGUUCUUGGCUUCGGGUUUGCGCGCUCCAUCUUCUUCCAGCCCAAGCAGCCCAACGGCUCAGAGGAGUCAGGCACCAGCCUUCCGAUCUUCAAGCGGGUACUCGGUUUCGUCACCCUCUGGAAGGGGUGAUUUGUUUUCUUUUGACUCGAGCACCAGCGCUCCCAGUUUCAAAGCUCCAGAAGUUAAGAUGCCAACGAUGCCAAGUUUCAAGACUCCAGAGCUUCCGUCUUUCAAGGCGCCAGACAUCAAAGUGCCUGACAUUAAAGCACCGCAGGUGCCGACGUUCAAGGCACCUGACAUCAAGGUUCCUGACAUCAAGGUUCCUGACAUCAAGGUUCCUGAUGUGAAGCCGCCAGAAUUGCCAGCAUUUAAAGUACCUGAGGUCAAGGUUCCCGAUCUAAGGCCAAGCGAACCUGCAAAGCCUGCCAGAACACCAGCAGCCCAGCCAAGUGCGGGAGACUUUGAUGAUCUGUUUGGGUCUGACGUAGUGGCGCCAUCAAAGCCUGCGACGGAUACCAAGAAAGCAGAGGCAGAGAAAAAGGCUGAACAGGAACGACGCAGCGCAGAGGAAGCACGCAAGCGCGAGGAGGCCAAAAAGGCCGAGGAGGAGCGAAAGGCAGAGGAGGCGCGAAAGAGAGAGGAGGCUAAGAAGGCAGAGGAGGAGCGCAGAGCCGAGGACGCGCGCAAGAGAGAGGAAGCCAAAAAGGCCGAGGAGGCGCGAAAGGCUGAGGAAGCACGCAAGAGAGAGGAGGCCAAGAAGGCCGAGGAGCAGCGAAGGGCUGAGGAAGCACGCAAGAGAGAGGAAGCCAAGAAGGCCGAGGAGGAGCGAAGGGCCGAGGAGGCGCGAAAGAGAGAGGAGGCCAAGAAGGCCCAAGAGGAGCGAACGGCUGAAGCCCAGAAACGCCAGGAGCCUAAGACAUCAAGCGAAGGAACUGAACAGGCGCGCAAGCGUGAGGAGGCUAAGAAGGCAGAGGAGGAGCGCAGAGCCGAGGAAGCGCGCAAGAGAGAGGAAGCCAAGAAGGCCGAGGAGGAGCGAAGGGCCGAAGAGGCUCGCAAGCGCGAGGAAGCCAAAAAGGCUGAAGAAGAGAAGAGGGCUCAGGAAGCCAAGAAGGCAGAGGAUGCUAAGAAGGCUGCAGAAGUCAGCAAGCCUGCAGAAUCCACGGCGCCCGUGGAUGCAAGCAAGAUGCUUGGAAGUGCUUUGGCGGACCUGGGACGCUUUGGCAGCAAAGAUACGAAGCCAGAAAGCCAGCCACAAAAGUCUGCAGCUCCAGCCACUCCCUCCAUCAAUUACGACCUCUUCGACCUUUGA